AACAGUAAAUGUAAAAUUUUUCUUUUCGUGAUUUACUCAAGUUUAAAUGUUCAGAAAUGGUACGCAGUACCUAGAUACUAAAAUAUACAAUAUGGCAUUUUGAGGGAGAUUUCUUAUGAUUGUUACCGAUGAAGUGUGUUUUCAUUUAACUAUUCAAAACGCUACCUUCAAAACAUAUAUGUGAAAGACAUCUAUGUGGUGAAAACCGCGCGUGGAUGAGCUUGGUGGAUGAUGCUGAAAUUUUGAAAUAUUAAAACUCACGAUUGAAGUCAGGAUUUGGAAAUACAUCAAUACGUUUUACGAUGUUGGCUGUUUUAAUGGUGUGCACACUAUUGAUGGGUGCUGUAUCAGGUCAAAUGAAUAUUCCUUCAAACCUAUUUGGAGGUGGUGAACCAACUACAUCCAGUACGACCAGCAUAACUACGGAGGCUGUUACAACCACUGCCGAAACUACCACAACCACCAGUGAAGCUACAACUACUACCACUGAACCUACUACAACCAUCACUGAAGCUGACACAACCACCACUGAACUUACCACAAUCACUACUGAGCCUAUUACUACAACCAUCGAUUCAACAACAGAUGAAUCUAAUCCUACAACAUCUGACCAAACAACGUCAAGAUCAACUUCGAUGAUACCUGAAUCAAGUGCAGCUGAAUCUAUGACGGAAAGAACUGAGACAAUUGAUGAUGAUACUAUUACAACAGAUAUAGCACAGUCAACUGUUGAAAGUGUCACUGAUGAAAAUACGGAAUUCACGCCUGUGGCCACAGAACAGCGGCUAAAAACACUGCAAACAGUACUUGAAGAGUUAAACAGUAGUAACUCGAUGACAGCGAAAGAGGCGAAAAUAUUUUUGGAUGACAUCUCUCGGUUCUCAGGGAAAAUAUACAAUAUUGUAGACCUCGUUGAUAUCACACUGGCACUGCUAACAAUGGCUAGAUUGAAUCCAAUGAAAAAUGCGAACAUAUUUCAAGUGACGUCACUCACACAGCGAUUUGCAGAUACGAUCAGUACAGUGAUAUCAACAAACAACUUUGACACUUGGAAGCAGAAUACAACUGCAGCGGGUCCAAACUUGUUGUACGCAGUGGAAACAUUUACUGGAAACGUUGCCAUACGACUGAUGAACGCAGAUGAUAUAAAGACUCUUACUGUGAAAAGUAGGGCAGUUGAUAUCCACAUAGACAAGGCUGAGAAUAGCACGGCAGAUAUCAACUACUCAGAUGGCGGUGGGACACAAUUUCGGAUUGCGCGAACUCUGUUGCCGGAUGACGAAUAUGCUGUAACUGCUGUGAUGUUUAGGGGACUGGAGAUUGUAUUCCCAGUGAUUGUAGAGAACCCAAAUAUAACAAAUUUCGCUAUAGGGAGUAAGAUACUGAGUGCCACCCUGUACAGGAGAGACCUCGCAACCCCCAUACCUCUGUACAAUAUACCCGGUCUCAUUCAACUCAUCUUUAAGAUGGACCAGCAAAAAGUGCCAACAAACCUGAAACACCACUGUUCUUUCUGGAAUUACGAUGCUGGACUUUCUAAUAAAAGAGACAAUGACAUGGGUGCCUGGUCAAAUGAAGGAUGUGAGACGUUAGAUUUCCCUAGCAUUGGAGAUAGCAAAAAUGAUGACAAGUUGCAGACAAGUGUGGGAUGUGAAUGUAACCACUUAACAAGCUUUGCCGUCCUCAUGCAGCUGGUGGAGAUAAAGUUGAGUGCAACGGACAAGGCUGCCUUAGAGAUGAUCACCUACAUCGGUUGUUCUCUAUCCAUAUUGGGAGCUAUUCUCACCAUACUAACCUUUGUUUUACUAAGGCUGUUCACAGACAGGAUCAUGAUCCACAUUAACCUCGCUUUGGCGAUCAUCUUCUCUCAGACAAUCCUCCUUCUUGAAUCAACAAUUCCACGUGGAACGUCUGCUUGUGUGGCAGUGACGGUCAUGUUGUUUUACUUCAACAUGGCAAUCUUCUGUUGGAUGUUGGUAGAAGGGAUUCAGAUUUUCCAACAAGUGGUCGUUGUAUUUGUCUCCGACAGCAAAAUGAAAGUCUACUAUGGUUUAGGCUGGGGAAUACCAGCGAUGAUUGUAUCUGUGGCAUGUGGUCUUAUCAAUAAAAACCUUGGACAACAUGGAGUGUGUUGGCUCUCUCCGAGAGAUGGUUCUAUUUGGGCAUUUGCCAUACCAGCCCUUACAGUUUGUGUGAUUAACUUAGUGAUACUUGGGAGAGUUCUACAGGUCAUAUCAAAAUUGAGUUCAUCCAUGACUGGGGAUCACGUGACAAAGCUAACCCACCUCAAGAAUACAGUUAAGGCGUCCGUUCUGCUUCUCCCUAUUCUUGGUUCAACGUGGCUGUUUGGAGUCCUUGCUUUCUCCAGUCACACCGUUGUGUUCCAGUACAUCUUCGCCACCGUCAAUUCGCUUCAGGGACUUUUCAUCUUCUUCUUCCACUGCAUCGGGAGCAGUGAGGUGAGAGAGGUGUUCAUGAGACGCAAAUCAACGUGGGAGUGGAGUAGAGGGUUAACUGUUCCUAGUGGUAAAGUGGAACCUAUAGAUGGCUCUGGUACAAGAAGUUCAUCCGUCCAAACUCCACAAAUCAUUACUGCCCCACAGAUGACAAAGCCGCCACCUUUAUACUGAUUGUUCUCAGAUUCAUCACAAAAGAGCAUAUCAAUCAAAAUAUAUGUACAGGGUGGUCAUAAAAUAUGUACUGUAUACAUUUCCGAACCUGUAUAUAUUGGCUCUUAGUAGACACUGGCCUAAAACUCCUUUAGAUUUUCAGGCAACUAUAAACAUGGUCGUAUUUAAAUAUACCGAGUGUUCUCAGGCUCAUUGCAAAAGAGCAUAUCAAUCAAAAAAAUGUUUCUUAUAAGACAUAAGUCCAAAAAUCUAAUUAUAAUUUUAGACAACUAUAAAUAUGGUCGUACAUGUACUAGAAUAGUAUAUUUCAUAACCUCACUUUAAGUUUAGUUAUAGUUUAUAUAUACAAGCUAUAUAAUAUACAGAAUAUAUAUUUAAAC